AAAGAAAACGUAGAGAACAAACAUUUGAAGGAGACAGACGUAGAAAACAAAAUGGCAGCGUCCUUGCGAACUUUAUCGUGUAGCCCACUAUACACGGUUUUAAGAAGUGUACAGUUAGGAAAUCGAUCACAGAUCCAAGUUCCAUGCCGCAGUGCCAGUUUUCUAAAGAAAUUCUGGAAAGGUUCUUCAAAAUCAAUAGAAGUAGAUGAUGAAGAAGAUGACAUGGUCUUUCCAAGAAAAAGUCCAAUCACAAGCUUAGAUGGAUUGCGGUCCCUGAAAAAGAGAACUGGAGUGAACACAAAGAGAGGUUACACUCCUCCAGAGGAUGUGGAGGAAAGGAUACAGAGGAUUGCUGAUGGUAUUUAUGGGGAGCAAGAGAACUGGAAAGAUACACAUUUAACCAACCGUGCCCACAAGUACAAGUUCCUGACAGAAACUAUCAAGGAGUUUAACCACAACAUACCGAACAUGGUCCUGACAAAUCUUGAUAAAGUGAAUGACGUUGUCCUCCAUUUCAGCACGGAAGUCAUGGAAACAAGUGCUCUGGAAGACAUUUCCAAAUUAGAUCUUCCCGAAAACUUACAUAUAAACUUAGACUAUAUCAAAUUUAAUGAAAAGGAAGAUACAUUAUUCGGGGGCAAAACAGCGUACCCAGGACGGCCCACGAUCAUACAUAGCAUUAAACACAAAAGACAGUACAAAGUGACGGAACAGGAAUGAUGUAUCAUCGAACCCUUAGUCAUCACGUUUGGAUUGUGUUACGUACUUGUCUUAAAAAUUAAAUUCUGCUUCAGAAAAAUGACUGAGUCAGGAAAAAAGAUUUCUGUUA